AAAUAUUAAAAACCAAAAUAUAUUAUCUUAAUAUUAUUAAAUUUCUUACUAUUAUUUUAUUAUUUUUCAUAUUCGUAGGUCAAUUUUGAUCUUGACGACAUAUCCCCUGAGGUCAUGGCCUACUUAGAGGAUACCUUAGCAAAUCGGUACAAACAUUGGAAGAACUAUCUUCACACGCAUUUUAAGCGAUGGGAUGAUCCGGAGUUUGCUCGCCUACAUGGUUGCCCAACCGAGCUGCAGGACCGGCCGGAGGAUUGGGAGUGGCUCUGCAAACAUUUUACGGACCCAAAAUUUGUGAAGAAAUCUAUUGCUGGCAAGAUAGCUCGGGACUCAAAGACACUUCUCCACCAUUCUGGUUCGAAGCCCUUUUCGUAUAGGAUUGAGGCACGACGUCAGGAGGGUUCUAAGUUCCCAGAGAUCGACAUGUUCGAGGACGUUUACGUUCGACCUGGUGAUGAGAUAACUAAGUAGCUUCAUGAUGCUAUGGUGGAACAGCGCACUACUGUUCUCCAAGAAGCAACAUCACAACUUCCCCCGGAGACCUUGAUCGAGGACGCCACGAUACCCGAGGAUGCAGGUUUUCAGAUCCUGACUAAUGUCAUGGAUCAAAACUUCGGUC